UUGGAGCCAUGUAACAACCAGCUAUAAUGCUUUUGUAGCCAACCUUGAGCAGCUAUCCUCGUCUAAAACCUCGGUCGUGUGUACUACAUAUAUAGUGAUCGAUCAGCACAGGCACGGCCACGGACACUGGACACCCCUCACUGAUCCAUCUUUUCACUGAUAACACUGCCCCAUGCUCUGAAUCUGCUCCAGUAGCUAGAGAGAUGCCGACGGUAGCCAUCACGCUGGACCUGUCAUGCUGCCGCUGCAGAAGCAAGAUCCAGAAGAUCCUCUGCUGCAUCCAAGAGCGUUGCGGGUUCGUCUUCGAGAAGGUGGUGUACGAGAAGGAGAAGGUGGUCGUCACCGGGCCCUUCGACGCCAUCGAGCUCUGCUGCAAGCUCCGGUGCAAGGCCGGCUGUUUCGUGGCCAAAAUCGAGAUCGUGCCGCCGCCGCCUCCGCCGCCGCGGCCGCCGCAGCCGCCCCUGCUCCCGCCCCCGCCGAUAGACGAUGAUACCGACAAGUGCAAGAAAAAACCCAAGAAAAAGCCCGCCCCCGCUCCAUGCGAUAAGCUGAUCCCGUACCCAUGCCCAUACCCGUACCCGUGCCCUUACCCAUGCCCGCAGCCAGCGUGUCUGUCCAGCUGCCCUACGCCGCCGCGUCCCUGCCAGUGCCACUCCUGCAAGCCGCCGCCGCCGCCGCCACCAUGCUCCCCGCCUCGACCGAUCUGUCCGCCCCCACCGGUAUGCUGUCCGGUGCCUCCGCCGCCGUGCCCGUGCCCGCCCUGGACGCCGUGCCACUGCCGCGGCUACCGGCGGGACUACUUCUGCUGCGAGGAUAACCAGCCCGACGGCCCCUGCGCUGUCAUGUGAUGCUGCUGCGGGGCUGGCGGGCGGCUUGCUGGCUGCAACCUGACGAUCAUGCAUGACGUCGUCUACGCACAUCUCUGUGAAUUCUUCCGGCCUGUAGUAAGACCAAGCAAGCUGUUGUAUAACUUGUAACAUGUUGUAUGUACUCAGACGUUUAUUCAUGCCCGGAUUCACGGCUGCUUCUGGAGUCAUGCACGAGCUGCAAAAGCGAAGACUGUGGAGGAAGGUGCCUACCAUGUACUAUAUAUAUAUACGUGUGCUUAUGUGUGUUAGUAUACAGUUGCUGUACUUGAAAAGGAAUAAAAUGAAGCUCUCUUGUCACUA